CUCAGCAUUUGUGAAUGUUCAAAUUUGCAGAACGCACCAUGAGAGCAUUAAACAAACUCCGAUCCAUUGAUUCCUAUUUCCUUUCACAAUCUCAUCAUAUUUUUCAUCUUUCUACUUCCUCCAAGUCAUCAAAACUUUCCCACCCUCACAAAACAAUAAAACAACUUUCCAACUCAGACACUGAACCAUCUCGUGCACUUUUCAACGAGAUCACUGAGAUUUUAGGUGCUGAUAACGUAAUCCAUGAUCAUUCCCCAUCUGGGUUUUUGUUUCCCCUCGAAGUUCGCAACACCAAAGUUGGUUUUAUGGAUCAGCAUGAUUGCACCAAAUCUGUUUGUGAAAAUGCCGUUGAGAGUGUUGUACUUGGGAAAGACGAAAACUUUCCCGUUUUGGAAGAUACCCAAUUGGUUCAAAUGGGAGAAGAAGAUAUGCGCCGAAUGGUGGGUGAGAUUACCGAAAUAAUUCGAGCGGAAAAUGGUUCUAUUUCUGUCGAAGAGCGGUUAGAAAAAAUGGGUUAUGAUGAGUUGAAUGUUGAGGUUUUUGACAGAGUUUUGAAAAGGUGCUUCAAAAUGCCAUGUUUGGCUUUGAGGGUUUUCAAUUGGUUGAAGAUUAAGGAUGGUUUCAGUCACACGACACAGACUUAUAAUACCAUGCUGUGCAUUGCAGGAGAAGCUAAGGAGUUUGGGUUGGUGAAGAAGUUGGUGGAGGAAAUGGAUGAGUGUGGAGUUCAAAAGGAUGUUAAUACGUGGACCAUUCUCAUAUCUCACUAUGGGAAGGCUAAGAAAAUCAGUGAAGCAUUGUUGGCUUUUGAAAAUAUGCAAAAGUGUGGCUGUGAACCUGAUGCAGUUUCGUUUAGAACGGUGAUUCGUUUGCUUUGCAUUUCGGGUAAGGGUGAUAUUGCUAUGGAGUUCUAUAAGGAUAUGGUCCGGAAAGACAUUGCACUUGAUGAUGUGAGGUUGUAUAAGAUGCUUAUGAACUGUUUGGCAAAAUCAGGAGAUGUUGAAGCUGUUAGUUUGCUCGGAAAUGACAUGACGCGGUUGUGUCUGAUGCCGGAAAACAGUAUUCUUGGAUGUAUGCUGAAGAGCUUUUGUAUUUCUGGGAGGAUUAAAGAGGCUUUGGAAUUGAUUCGCGACCUCAAAUAUAAAGAUGUAGUUCUUGAACCUGAAUAUUUUGAGACCUUGGUGAGAGGGCUGUGUAAGGCUGGCAGGAUAUCAGAUGCUUUAGAGAUCGUUGAAAUUAUGAAGAGAAGGGAUAUUGUUGAUGGGAACAUUUACGGCAUUAUCAUAAGCGGGUAUUUGAGCAGAAAUGAUGUUCGCACGGCAAUUGAUUUGUUUCAAAGCAUGAAAGAAUCCGGUUAUGUGCCUAUGAUUUACACAUAUACAGAACUGAUUCAGCAUCUUUUUAGGUUGAGUAGGUAUGAAGAAGCUUGCAUGCUGUAUGAUGAGAUGCUGGGAAAAGGAAUUAAACCUGAUAUUGUGGCUAUAACAGCCAUGGUUGCAGGUCAUGUUUCCCACAAUCGUAUAUCCGAAGCAUGGAAAAUUUUCAAGAGUAUGGAAUUACAAGGCAUCAAGCCUACAUGGAAAUCAUAUUCGGUAUUCAUUAAGGAGCUUUGCAAGGCUUCAAGGACUGAUGACAUUGUCAAAGUGUUGUACGAAAUGCAGGGUUCAAAGAUUGUAAUCAAAGAUGAAGUAUUCGAUUGGGUUAUAACUUACAUGGAAAACAAGGGAGAGCUUGCUUUAAAAGAGAAAGUUCAGCAGAUGCAUACAGCAUCAAAACUCGAUCCUGAAAAUUUCAACGAUUUGGAAAAACAAUCGUCAUCGAGAAAUAAGGUGGAAGAAGAUACAGGAGUCGGCCAAUCAAAGUCAGAGAAGAUAGAUUGCUCGUUACUACAUCCAAUUCUUAAGACUUACAGUGACCAAGAUGUUGGCGAUAUCUGUAAGAUUCUUUCAUCCUCUCUAGAUUGGUCUUCAAUCCAAGAAAAGUUGGAAAAAAGCAGCAUUCAGUUCACACCAGAAUUUGUUAUGGAGAUAUUGCAAAUAUGUGGUAUGCAUGGCUGCACUGUGCUAAAAUUUUUUUCAUGGGUAGGAAAGCAACCCGGCUACAGACACACAGCAGAAUCAUACAACAUUGCAAUCAAAAUUGCAGGCCAAGGGAAAGAUUUCAAGCACAUGCGCAGCCUAUUCUAUGAAAUGAGAAGAAACGGUUAUCUAAUAACAUCAGAAACAUGGACAAUCAUGAUAAUGCUUUACGGCCGAACAGGUCUAACAGAGAUGGCCAUGAAUUGUUUCAAUGAAAUGAAAGCCGGCGGUAAUAGCCCGAGUAGGAGUACAUACAAGUAUCUGAUCAUCGCCUUAUGCGGUAGGAAAGGAAGGAAAGUUGAUGAUGCUCUCAAAACAUACAGUGAGAUGAUUAGUUCAGGACAUGUCCCUGACAAAGAAUUGAUUGAAACUUACCUUGGUUGUUUAUGUGAAGUUGGAAGAAUCUUAGAGGCUAGAAAAUGCAUAGAUUCACUUCAAAGAUUUGGCUACGCAGUUCCUCUUAGCUACUCGUUGUUUAUCAGGGCUCUUUGUAGAGCUGGAAAAGUUGAAGAAGCAUUAGCAUUAAUCGACGGGGUUGGACCAGAGAAAUCGAUUGUAGAAAAGUUAACGUAUGGAAGCAUUGUUCAUGGUUUAUUACACAAGGGUAAAUUAGAAGAAGCACUAGCCAAAGUGCAUGGCAUGAAACAAGAGGGAAUAACACCUACCAUUCAUGUUUACACAUCUUUAAUAGUUCAUUUCUUUAAAGAGAAAAAGAUAGAAAAAGCUAUUGAGACUUAUGAUGAAAUGCAAAAAUCAGGUUAUGAACCAAAUGUUGUUACAUAUUCGGCGCUUAUACGCGGAUACAUGAACAUGGGGAGGCCUAAUGAUGCAUGGAAUGUGUUCUACCGUAUGAAAUUUAAAGGACCAUUUCCUGAUUUUAAAACAUAUUCUAUGUUCCUUUGUUGUUUGUGUAAAGAUGGAAGAUCUGAAGAAGCAAUGAGACUUAUUUCUGAAAUGUUGGAGAGUGGGAUUGUUCCAAGUACUAUUAACUUUAGAACAGUUUUUUAUGGGCUGAAUAGAGAAGGGAAAUACGGUUUAGCUCAAGUUGUGUUGCAACAAAAAUCAGAACUAAUUAGAAAGCGCAAACUUAUAACUUGAUUUCUUUUUCUAUGCAUGGUUGAGAUGGGUGAUUGCAGAGCGUCCUAAUUUUGGAGGGCAGACAACUUGUUUUUUGACUUUGUAAUAUCAUAUUAAAAUUAAAUUUGUUGAAGAGAAAAUGUACUACAUCUUCAAUGAAAGAAAAAGGAAUAGCUAGUUUGAAAAGCAAAAAACUUUAAAGAACAAUGAGGAAAGUAAUUGGA